AUGUCAAUCAGAGCGGCUCUGUUGAUCCAGCGCUGGUACCGUCAGUAUGCUGCCCGGUUGGAGAUGAGACGCAGGUGCACGUGGAAAAUCUUCCAGUCUAUUGAAUAUGCAGGAGAGCAAGACCAGAUCAAGCUCUACACUUUUUUUGGGUUCUUGAUGGACCACUUCACCCCAGCCAGCAGUGAAAGAAACCUUAUAUCUCACAUCUUUCGCAAGAAUGAAUUCUGUCAUGACACAGAAUGGGAGAGAUAUUUUUGCUACAAGAGCAUUGAGGUAACUGACAGCUACACCGGCCCCCACCUUACUUUCCCCAUGACCUUCUGUGGCGUGUCUAAGCUGGUGGAGGCCUUCAAGCACAAACAACAGCUUCAUGCUCGAUAUGUUCUGCAGCUUCUCGGAGAGACUUGGAGACUUCUAAGAAUUUUUCCAAACAUCAGUCAAAUCUCUGCCUACCACAACAAGCAGAUUACCAUAUGCGGAGAUUUACAUGGGCAGCUUGAAGACCUGCUGUUGAUAUUCUAUAAGAAUGGUUUGCCGUCCUCUGAGAAACCGUAUGUCUUCAAUGGAGACUUUGUGGAUCGUGGUAAAAAUUCAUUAGAGAUCCUGCUCAUCCUAUUCGGGUUCCUGCUGGUCUAUCCCAAUGAUGUGCAUCUGAACAGAGGGAACCAUGAGGACCACAUUGUAAACCUGAGAUAUGGUUUCACUAAAGAAGUUUUGGGAAAAUAUAGGGUGCAUGGCAAAAAGAUCCUAAAGCUUCUCCAGAAGAUUUUCAGCUGGCUGCCUCUGGCCACAGUGAUUGAUAACAAGGUGCUGAUUGUGCAUGGUGGGAUCUCUGACAAGACAGACCUCGACGCGAUAGCCAGAGUGGACAGACACAAAUAUGGGUCGGCUCUCACGCCUCCGAAGCCCACCAAGCAUGCAGUCAAUGGCAGUAAGACUCAGACAAUAAACAACAGGGAGGCCUGUGGACCAGUGGAAGGCCGACGUCGAGUGUGUUCUCUGACUUACUGCAGCUCGGGCCCCGCUCACAGGCACGACCUUCCACGCCGCUCGCUCCACAACGCGCACAUAAGCAGUCAACUCAACUGGUCGUUGGAAAAAGAGCUGAAAAAGAGGCGCAGGCUGGCAGGGUUUGACCAAUCCUACAGAGAACUGAGGACGUCUGACUCAGACCCGGAGUCUGGAGAAACAACAGAAACAGAUGUGGGUGAGUGGAAACAAAUAGUGGAUGUGUUGUGGAGUGACCCAAUGGCCCAAAAUGGCUGCAUUCCCAAUGAGGUGCGAGGCGGAGGCUGCUACUGGGGGCCAGAUGUCACUGAGGAGGUGCUGGGAAGACACAACCUCCAGCUCCUCAUCCGCUCCCAUGAGUGCAAACAGGACGGCUAUGAGUUCUGCCACAACCGCAGGGUGCUGACUAUAUUUUCAGCAUCUAACUACUACGAGGUUGGCAGCAACAGAGGAGCCUACAUCAGAAUGGGCCCCGAUCUGGUCCCCCACUUCAUUCAGUACCAGGCCAGCAGGACAUGCAGAGAGCUCACCCUGAGACAAAGUGUCGGGUGGACAGAGAGAUCAGCUCUGCGAGCUCUGAGGGAACAACUGUUCGUACAUAAGUCCGAUCUCAUCAGUGCCUUCCAGGAGUUUGAUCCUAACAACAAAGGGAUGAUCUCUCUGAGGCACUGGGCCAGCGCCACAGAGAGAGUACUGAAUCUGGGUCUGCCCUGGAGGUUACUGCGCCCUCAGCAUGUAAGCAGCACCCAGUGUGGCAUGGUGGACUACCAGCAGUGGAUAAGGGAGCUCUCCAUCACUGAGCCCAAACAAGAGAUCUCAGAUAACAGCAUCCUGGAGACUAUGUACAAAAACCACUCUAACCUAGAAACCAUCUUCCGAAUCAUAGACACAGAUCACUCAGGUUUGAUCUCUUUUGAGGAGUUUCGUCAAACCUGGAAACUCCUGAGCUCUCAUCUUCAGACAGAGAUCAGUGACAAGGCCAUCGCAGACCUGGCGCAGAGCAUCGACUUCAACAAGGACGGGGUCAUUGAUAUCAAUGAGUUCAUGGAGGCUUUCAGGUUGGUGGAUAUCUCUGCACAUACCUGAGGGCCUGGACUAGAAGCUGUAGCUGUACCUGCUGCUCUGCUGCAUAGAGGAAACCAACAACUGUCUUGGAUAGACUUGGUCACCUGGAUACACAUCUGUGGAAAUUAAAAUGUAUAGUAAUGUCUUAUCCAUUUCACCUGUACAUAUCAACCUAGAUCUCUUCUACCGCUUAUAUUUUUGGCUCUCUUUUUUUUUUUACCUAUAUUUAUGUAAGAAGUUAGUGUAUUAAGGAUUUAUGUGUGUAACUUAAUGACCAACUUAGUUAUGCAUAAAAAAACAUUAAACACCUGAUGUUGUCUUUGCCUUUGGGAAGUACUACUACAUAUAUGAAAUCCAUUAAGUAUAAAGUAUUUUGUGGCUCCAGAAGGAGAUGUGCAAAGUCUGAUAAAUAUCCUCAAGUGAUGUCACUUGAGUCAGCGUUGUUUGGGGCUGAAGAUGACAAGUUUGAAAAUGAAAAAAAAAACCUGGAGAUGUGGAUACUUACCAGACCUCUGUUUGCUCCUCAGCUUUACUUGAGGCUAUAUUAGCUGCUACUAGCAUAACACACCCAAGAUCCAAUAAUCAAGGAAGAAGAAUAAGUGGAAUAAAAAAAAAAAAAAGACAAUAUCUCUGGUUCUUUUACAUCAACUUUGACUUUUUUUUUCUGUCCACCAUGAGUCCAACAAUGUUGGUGCAGCGCUAAAUCUGUGAAAUAUUUUUUAAGGUGAAGUGUGUUUGCUGAGACUACGAAAACUCUAUAGAAUUAGUAUUAAAUUGAGUACAAGUAAAGA